AUGCAUGGGCAUGGAUGUAUAAGAAACCACACACCGACAAGAAGUGUAUCAUCCGCUAUAUCCUAUCCACACGGCCAGCUACCACUUCACGCCACAUCCUCAAAUGAUCAAGCACCAAAUGGGGAACUAUCAUCACCGGAAAGCGCAACCCGAUCACGCAACCAUCCCCUCCGGCCUCAUGUGGUAGAUGAGCGAGUAAUCGACGGAGAACUCUGCUUCGUAUAUGCAGAUGGAUCAUUCUGUCCCAAAUUCAUCGACGGUACACCUGUCAAUGCAAAUUGGGGUGUAACGAAGGCGGGUAGGCCGAGAAAGCGCCUUGGACUUGCCUGUCUGACCUGCCGCGAGAAGAAGAUCAAGUGUAACCCUAACCCAACUCCCGAGGCCGUAUGUGACCAAUGCCGGAAAUCUGGACGUGAAUGCAGGUUCGAAAGUGCGUAA